AAGUGGAGCAGCGGAAGAAAACAAGAAGAAUUUUCCGGGAGCGGUGUGUUUAAGGUCUCUGCGCUGCGGACUGUUGCUCCCCCGGUGUGUGUGUGUGUGUGUCGGUGUGUGUCGGUACCAGAGGACCCAGGAUGGACAGAAGUGUGACGCUGACGGCGGCUGUGUUUGUCGCAGCAGUUUUAUCUCAGACGAACUGCAGCUCGUUCAGACUGAAGCGAGUCUCCAGAGCACAGGUUUUAGGGUUCGACUGGAAGAACUGCGGACAGCCUGAUGCUCCAGCUGUGCUGAAGAACUUGAGUGUGUCUCCAGACCCGAUCUCCAUCCCAGGAGACCUGAAGGCCUCUGCCUCCGGAUCCACAUCUGUUGAACUCGCGGCUCCUCUGGCUGUCAAUGUGACUCUGGAGAAGGAGGUGGCCGGUUUCUGGGUGAAGGUUCCCUGCGUGGAGGAGCUGGGAAGCUGCCACUAUCGGGACGCCUGCGACAUUCUGAACCAGCUGAUCCCACCUGGUCAGGACUGUCCCGAACCGCUGCACACCUACGGCCUGCCCUGCCGCUGCCCCUUCAAGGCUGGCUCGUACUCGCUGCCUCAGUCGGACUUCUACCUGCCCUACGUGGAUCUGCCCUACUGGCUGACCAACGGGAACUACCGGGUUCAGGGGGUCCUGGGCAGCGGGGGCCAAGAGCUGGGCUGCCUCAAAGUGGCCCUCUCCAUCCACUCUGACUGAGCCAGCAGCAAACAAACAGAGCUUCAAGGUUUUUGUUCAAAUGGACGCAAACUUGAUCAACAUUUGGGAAAUGAAUGCAAAAAGUGCACAAAGCAGUUCUGAUGUCAGACGAGCACGGAGUCUUUAAUUUCAUUUUUAGAACGUAUGAGCCGGCAGCAUAGCUUUGGUUUAGCUUCAGCUGCUCACUCACCUGCAGUGAGACGAGAUUCAUGUUCAGUUCACGCCGGUCGUCUCCUCCAUUAGAAUAAAAUGCAGUCAUUAAAGCCCCCAAAGCUGCUCUUAUCUCAUCUUUCACAGUGACGGCUUCAUUUUAGCUGCUGCGGCCAAUCGCUCAUUAGAUUAAAUAAUGAGAGGGAAUGAUGGUUCAAAGCUAAAAUGUCCUUUUGAAAAUGACAAACUUCUUGCAUGGUGGAUAAGAGCUGCACGUUUCUUUAAUUCUGUUCUUGAAAGAAAAAGUAAAAAACAACGAAUUUCUGAGACACAUUUCUGAGAAAAGCAGCCACGUUUUCAUUUUUCAUGUUCUCAUAAGUUUCCUUCAUGACUUCUUUUUGUUUCUUCCUGUUCCUUCUUUUAUACAACUCUUAGUUUUAAUAAGCAAGUAUUACACAGAUAAGACUGAAGAUUUGUGGGAAAAAUAAAUCUACACGUAAGCAAAGCACAGAGGAAACACAUCUUGUCACCAGCAGCACAUAUUCACCAAGAAUCCCGCCGUCGUCUUGUUGAAAACCACAAACUGGACUCAUGUUUGCAGAACUGAAAGAUCCAGAGACAGAUUUCUGUUUGAUUCCUACACGAGUAAAAUGAAAAAAGACUUUGUUUUUAAAAUGGAUGAACUGUUGAAUGCCUGAGAAUGUUACAAGAGUGAGAGGAAAGGAAUUAUUUUAUUAAUGAAAGAUCAGCGACACGUUUUAGUUUGUAUUUGUAAAUGUUCUGAUGUUAGAGUCUGAGGGAGGUUUUGCAGCGCUGCUUGCUUUUGCUAAUUUUAAGCUUUUUAUUGCUUCUUCGUUUCUGAAAGUUUCAUUAACAAAUAGAAUCUAAACUCUGGAGGCCGUGUCUUAUUAUCGGGAAACUAACUUGCUUUUUUAAGGGAACAGGUUUGAACACGUGUGCCAGAGAUGCAUUUAGAGUUUUGUGUUCACACACAGCGUUAGGAUGAAGUGAAUAUUCUGUUGAUUUAGUAGGAAUGAGCUGGAAGGUCAGAACUUUGUGUUGGAAUAUAAAGCUUUUUGUGCUGCAGCACCAAAACCCAGUAAAAUGAUUUAAAUUCUGGGAUCAGUUUUCAAAGCCCAGACCCAGAGUACAUGUUGUUGUUUUGUUUCUUGCGGUUUGGACGCUGAACAUGCUGAAGCAGAGUCGCUGUUAACAACAAGCUCGUGUGUUGUUUGAAUGCUGAACAUUUAAAAUGCAUCAAAUCUGCCAACAGUUGUGUAUGUGUGUGGGAUGAAAUGAGCAGUUUCUUAUUCAUAAGUAAUAAUGAUGAUAAUGUCCUUAAUGCUGUCUUUUCUGGUUUUUAUCAUUGCAUGUCUUUUUUUUUUUUUCCACUGGCGAAAUGGUUUUGUAAUGUUGAUUUCAACUAUUCUAAUCUAUGUGACUGUUGCCACUGUAUGAGAGACAUCAUGAGAGUUUGACAUUUCAUAGAUUUGUUUUCUAUCUUCAUGUGUUUAUUUUGACUAAGUGCCUGAUUAUUUCUUUAGGGUUUAAUUCUGAGACUGGUUAGAGGAGUUUGGGUAGAUUUGAAUAACGAUUUAAACAGUUUAUUUUUGAUGAUGAUGAUGAUGAUGAUGAUCACACAUGUUGAAAAUGUCUCUGUCAUGCUUGUGAUUGAUUAAACAGUUUUAAAUAAACUUUGUCCCAUAACUUUUAA